AGAGUAGAGAGAGGCAGAGAGGGCAGGGAAAGGGCAGGGUGUGGACUGUGGAUGUUUUGGUGUACAUAGAGAGAGAGAGAGAGAGAGAGAGGGCAAGAGUAGCCGUACAAUACCUACCAUUUACGACGCACACAACUCUAUCCAAAAUUCGAAUCCAAUAUCUCAUUCUCUUUCCAUCCAAUUUCACAUCCCCAUCUUCUAUGUAAAUUAAGAAUGAAUGUUUUCACUCAAGAUCUGCUGUUCAUCGGCUGAUCGAUUUGGGGUUUCCGUCGCUGUUCUUUUUUUUUUUUUUUAAUCUCCGAUCGUCCUGUUUUUGCUGUUUUCGAGAAAGCUGACCGAAGAAUCUGAGCAGAAGGCGGGGAAUGAGUUGGAAGUAAUUUUGCAUGGGUGAUGAUGCCGGAAUUGCGUAGUGGAGCAAGGAGAUCAAAACGGCUCGGUGAUCUCCAUCCUACCCCUCAGACUGCUAAUCAAGAAGAGGAAUUUCUUGCUCCUGCUCAGACUAGAACCAGAAGGAGAGGAAGAGGAAGAGGCAAUGCAUCUGCCGUAGCAAAAGGGCCUUCUACAGCAACACCUACUAGGCCAACUGCUGCCGGUAGAGGCAGGGGAGUGAGGUUGAUAGAUUUAGACCCAGAGCCACCUCGUGAGGUUCUUCCUGAAACUGUUGGCCUUGGAGCAGCCGAAUUGAAUAGAGUGGAGGGCGUGGGCGUCGCAGAUAAGGAAGUUGCCAUGGAAGGUGCAAGUGGGGAUAAAAUAAUGGGAGUUGAAGAAGACGCAAGUGCAACUCCGGUGCCUGAGAGGGUACAAGUGGGGGGUUCACCCAUGUAUAAGACGGAAAGGAAAUUAGGUAAGGGCGGAUUUGGCCAAGUAUAUGUAGGCAGAAGGGUAAGUGGUGGCACCGGAAGAACAGGACCAGAUGCAAUUGAGGUUGCACUGAAGUGUGAACACCGAAGUAGUAAGGGCUGUAAUUAUGGCCCACCAUAUGAGUGGCAGGUGUACAACACCCUGAAUGGAUGUUAUGGAAUCCCAGGGGUUCAUUAUAAAGGUCGCCAAGCUGAUUUUUACAUCAUGGUCAUGGAUAUACUUGGACCGAGUCUUUGGGAUGUUUGGAAUUCCUUGGGCCAGUCGAUGUCUCCAAAUAUGGCAGCCUGCAUUGCUGUGGAGGCUAUAUCAAUUCUUGAAAAGCUUCAUAUGAAGGGAUUUGUUCAUGGGGACGUCAAGCCAGAGAACUUUUUACUUGGCCAACCUGGAAGUGUAGAUGAGAAAAAGCUGUUUCUUAUUGAUCUUGGUUUAGCUUCAAGGUGGAAAGACGCACCAUCUGGUCAGCAUGUUGAAUAUGAUCAAAGGCCAGAUAUAUUCAGGGGCACAAUAAGGUAUGCAAGUGUGCACGCACAUUUGGGUCGCACGGGAAGUAGGAGGGACGACCUUGAAUCACUGGCAUACACAUUGAUAUUUCUCAUAAAGGGAAGGUUACCAUGGCAAGGCUAUCAGGGCGACAACAAGAGUUUUCUAGUCUGUAAAAAGAAAAUGUCCACGUCUCCAGAGUUGAUGUGUUGCUUUUGCCCUGGUCCAUUCAAACAUUUCCUUGAGGCUGUUACUAAUAUGAAGUUCGAUGAGGAGCCAAAUUAUUCUAAGCUGAUAUCACUUUUUGAUAGUCUUAUUGAACCUUGCUCUUCUUUGAGACCAAUAAGAAUUGAUGGAGCUCUCAAGGUUGGUCAAAAGCGUGGAAGGUUGCUUAUAAACUUGGAAGAUGAUGAGCAACCAAAGAAGAAAGUACGAUUAGGUAGUCCUGCUACUCAGUGGAUUUCAGUGUAUAACGCACGACGCCCCAUGAAACAAAGAUACCACUACAAUGUUGCAGACUCUAGGCUCCGACAGCAUGUAGAGAAGGGUAAUGAAGAUGGUUUAUAUAUUAGCUGCGUAGCUUCAGCAUCAAAUCUCUGGGCCUUGAUCAUGGAUGCUGGAACGGGUUUCAGUUCGCAGGUGUAUGAACUUUCAGCUGUCUUCCUUCAUAAGGAUUGGAUCAUGGAACAAUGGGAGAAAAACUAUUACAUCAGUUCUAUAGCUGGUGCAGCUAAUGGAAGUUCGCUGGUUAUUAUGUCUAAAGGAACUCCUUACACUCAACAGUCGUAUAAAGUUAGUGAAUCAUUUCCUUUCAAGUGGAUAAAUAAAAAGUGGAAAGAAGGUUUUCAUGUGACAUCCAUGACUACUGCUGGGAAUCGUUGGGGUGUUGUAAUGUCUAGAAAUUCUGGAUAUUCUGAACAGGUUGUGGAGCUUGAUUUUCUGUAUCCAAGUGAGGGAAUACACAGAAGAUGGGAAAAUGGAUACAGAAUAACAGCCAUGGCUGCAACUGCUGAUCAAGGGGCAUUCAUACUUAGUAUUCCUAGACGUAAAAUGAUGGACGAGACUCAGGAGACCCUACGAACGUCUGCCUUCCCAAGCACCCAUGUAAAGGAGAAGUGGUCCAAAAAUCUCUACAUUGCAUCAAUAUGUUACGGUCGUACUGUUUGCUAAAAUUUUGAAAGCUGAGACUAUCUAUCUGGCUGGCUCAGAUUUCUAUUACAUUAGGCUAAUUAGCUUAAUGAGAGUGGUCUUUUGUUUCAAAAACUGUAUUUGCAUUGCCUGUACCAAGAAAGAAGAAAAGGACUUUUGUGCUUCUGUAAAACAACACAGAAGCUGCCACUCCUGCUGCUGUCUGUCUGAAAGGGAACUUGAGUUGGCAGAUUAAAAAUUGUCUAUGUAAGCUGCUGAUAGUGGAUUGGCUAUCUAUCUAUCCCAUGUAAGCACACCUGUACUGUACCCAUAUGUUUUUCCAUUUUUUUCACUAUUUUUUUUUUUUUAAUAUAUGUAAAUUGAUUCAAGUGUUCAAUAUCAUUAUUGGGCCUGCUGAAAUCAAUGUCAAUAUCUCCAAGCUCACAUAAUACUGAAAUUUAAACU